GGUAUAUUGCUUAGGCGACUUGAAAGUGAUAAACUUUUGACCGAUAUUAGUCAUGUCAUAGUUGAUGAGGUCCACGAGAGAACACUUGAGAUCAUUUUAAUGAGUGCAACUCUUGAAGCACAAAAAUUUUCUCAAUACUUUUAUAAUUGUCCUGUAGUUGAUAUACCAGGGAAAACAUUUCCGGUUACCGUAAAGUACCUUGAAGAUGUUAUUGAAGAAACAGGAUAUACGAUUGAUGAAGGCGAUGAGUAUGCAAGAAAAGUUUUUAGGCAAAUAAGAGAUGAAGGUACAUUAUCUGUCACUGGCAGAGGAAAUACCACAA